UUGAGAAACAGCUUGUGAUUCGCUCUCUGCGCCGCGUCAGCCAAUCAGAGCGAAGCACUGAAGUGAAGCGUGAACGUCCCUUAUGAGGCCUUGAACGGCUCACGGAAAAUGGCGACGGCGGAGCCGGAAUUAAACUCGAUUUCUUGUAAGAGUGAAGAGGAGGACUCAGAAGAGACGAAUCAGGAGAUUGUCAGCCCCGAAAGCUACAUCAAACACCCCCUACAGAACAGGUGGUCUUUAUGGUUCUUCAAAAAUGACAAGACCAAAACAUGGCAGGCCAAUCUCAGACUGAUCUCCAAAUUUGACACGGUAGAGGAUUUCUGGGCGCUUUAUAACCACAUUCAGCUCUCCAGUAAUUUGAUGUCAGGAUGUGACUACUCGCUUUUCAAGGAUGGUAUUGAGCCAAUGUGGGAGGAUGAGAGGAAUAAAAGAGGAGGCCGCUGGCUCAUCACUCUCAACAAGCAGCAGAGAAAGUAUGACCUGGACCGCUUUUGGUUGGAAACUCUGCUGUGCCUCAUCGGUGAGGCCUUUGACGACUACAGCGAUGAUGUGUGCGGGGCUGUAGUCAACGUCCGAACAAAAGGAGAUAAAAUCGCUGUCUGGACAACUGACUACGAGAACAGAGAGGCUAUAACGCACAUAGGGAGGGUGUACAAGGAACGAUUAGGCGUCCCUAUGAAUAUGACCAUUGGCUACCAGUCUCAUGCUGACACGGCCACUAAGAGUGGCUCCACCACUAAGAACAAGUUUGUGGUCUGAAUAUCUUCAAGGGCCUGGAUUCUCUCUCUCUCCAUCUGUCUGCCUCUCUCUCUCUCUCUCUUUCUCUCUCUCUCUCUCUCUCUCUCUCAAAACCAAAGCAACAAAAAAACAGACUGGACUGAACUGCCAUUAAACCCCCUAGCAAGUACACUUUUUUACAAACACACUCCUGGUGUUAACUUGCACAACCAAUGAGGUUUGCAGCAGAGACAAAAUUUGAAAAUAACAGUACUCUGCUGCUUGUUUUAUUCACACACAUUUUAAGUAUUACUUCUGUAUCAUGCUACACUACAAAUGUUCUCGAUUUAACCCAACAAACAUUCACACAUCACUACACAGUUUUCACCCUGAGAAAAAAAAGGAACAUGUGCAUAAUGAAGGCACAUUCAGUGUUUACCCCUGGCAAGUAUUUUUCAGAGUUUGUAAAGUAUUUAAUAUUAAUAUUGUUUUUUUGUUUUUUUUUUGGAAGAAAUUGUCAAUUUAUUUGAUGGCAGAGGAAAGGAAAUGUCUGUGUUCUUUUAUCCAGCAGCUUUGCUGCUUCAGUGCCUAAUGAACUUAAACAUUUUAAUUUAUUCAGAUGAAUUGUCAACAACUCAUCGAGAUGAUAUCUGGCCAUUGAGUGAAUGUGAUCAAGCUAAUCUUCAUAGAGCUGCCUUAUGUCUAAGCAUUAACUUGAUUAAAUUUGGGGGUUUGCAAUUCAAGAUAAGUGGUUUUAUAUUGUGAAUUUUUGAUGCAUCAUAAGUUUACAUUCCUUGUUAGAAGAGUAAACUGGGAUUUGUUUUGCAGUGCUGUAACAGAUGAAUUGUGCUUGUCUGGAUGUCAAUGGCUUGAGAUGGCUCUUCAAUAAGAUAGCAGCAUUAUCAAACAGGCAGUGGAAAUAAAAUAGAUUUAUGUUGAUUCAGUUUAUUUCACUGAAAAGGGGAAAAGGCAUCUCUGUAUUAAUCACCACAGUGUUGCAGGAUGUUAAAGGGGUAGUUCAUCCAAAAAUGAAAUGUGAUGUUUAUCUGCUUACCCCCAGGGCAUCUAAGAUGUAGGUGACUUUCUUUAUUCAGUAGAAGACAAACAAAAUAUUUUUAACUCAAACUGUUGCAGUCGGUCAGUCUUGUAAUGUAAGUCAUUGGGAAUCACGACUCUGAGUGUCAAAAAAACAUACACAAACAAAACCAAAUUGGUGGUGAUACAUUGAUGUGUAAAGGUCUGUGAAAGAAACUGAACAGUAUUUAUAUAGUUUUUUUACCUCAGAUUUUGAACACAAUGUCCAAACUGUAGUGAUGUGAUGUUCGACACUGAGGCUUCGAAGCUUGUAUAAAAAUAAAAAAAACAUCUCAGUGAGGCACCAUACCGGAACAUGAUUAGUUUUGCAAAAAAACAUGUGAUCUUUGAUGUCCAAAGCUUAGUUUUCACACCCAACCACGUGACUGCUUCGUAUUCUGAUUCAAAUAACACGAACCACUUGUGUUACUCGCUUCUUUGAAAAGAAUAAGUCAUAAUACAAAUAAAUAUUUGCAUGUGUA